AGAUUUGCUGAACUUGGGUGAGCUUUUAAAGUGGUUUUGUUUAAACCUGCAUUUCCAUCAGUGUCCUUUUUUUGCUGUUGGGAAUAAGAAAAGGAAAAAUAAGUUGGGUUGGCUGUUUUAAGGACAACUGUAGUGAUAAAAACAUCACAUUAAAUGAUUCUCUGAGGAACUACCAGCUUGGUUAUUAGGACACAAAAAUGCAGAGAGACAGCUGAAUAUUUGGCUUCUUGUCUCUAGCAAAUCUUUAACUGAAGAACCGACCUCUAGCUAAUUAACCGCUGGAACUCUUGCUGCUGUGCCAGAGGGGAGAGAGUGAACCUGUGCCUGCACGUGUGUAUGUGUAAAAUAGAGACCAAAAUGUCAAUGAACAGCAGGAAAAGUUCUGGGAGACCGUCCUACUACUACCGACUGCUCCGGAGGUCACGACUGCAGAGACAGCGAAGCAGAUCCCGGAGCCGGAACAGGCCGCUUAGUAGGGAGUCCCCCCCGGAGCGGUGCGGGCAGAGGCGCAGCAUGCCCAGCGGGGUCACCGAGAAGAACCCCACCAUGGAGCCUGCUGCCACCACGCCCUUCCGCGUCACGGGGUUCCUCAGCCGUCGGCUUAAAGGCUCCAUCAAAAGGACAAAGAGCCAACCGAAGCUUGAUAGGAACAGCAGCUUCCGACACAUUUUACCUGGCUUCAGGAGUGUGGACAAUGAAAGAUCCCAUCUAAUGCCGAGGCUGAAAGAAUCACGCUCCCACGAGUCUUUGCUCAGUCCCAGUAGUGCUGUUGAGGCUUUGGAUCUCAGUAUGGAGGAAGAAGUGGUCAUCAAACCAGUCCACAGUAGCAUCCUGGGACAAGACUACUGCUUUGAGGUGACGACUUCAUCAGGAAGUAAGUGCUUCUCGUGUCGUUCAGCAGCGGAGCGAGAUAAAUGGAUGGAGAACCUGCGGCGUGCUGUGCACCCAAAUAAGGACAACAGCAGAAGGGUAGAGAAUAUGUUAAAGUUAUGGAUUAUUGAAGCCAAGGACUUGCCAGCUAAGAAAAAGUACUUGUGUGAGUUAUGCCUGGACGAUGUUCUUUAUGCACGAACUACCUGUAAAUUGAAAACUGAUAAUGUGUUUUGGGGGGAGCACUUUGAAUUUAACAACCUCCCAUCGCUCAAAAACAUUACGGUGCACUUAUACAAAGAGACUGACAAGAAGAAAAAGAAGGACAAGACCAACUUCAUUGGGCAAGUGAACAUCCCUGUCAGCUCCGUCACGGGUCGGCAGUUUGUAGAGAAAUGGUACCCAGUGGUCAGCCCCAACCCCGGGAAGGGCAAGUCCCCGGGGCCCAUGAUCCGCAUCAAGUCCCGCUACCAGAGCAUGAGCAUCCUGCCCAUGGAGAUGUACAAAGAGUUUGCUGAGUACAUCACUAACAAUUACAUGGUGCUGUGCUCGGUGCUGGAGCCCUCGCUGAGCGUGAAGAACAAAGAGGAGAUGGCGUCCGCGCUGGUGCACAUCCUGCAGAGCACGGGCAAGGCCAAGGAUUUCUUGACUGACCUGAUGAUGUCUGAAGUUGAUCGCUGUGGUGAGAAUGAGCAUCUCAUUUUCAGGGAGAACACACUGGCCACCAAAGCAAUCGAGGAAUACCUGAAGCUGGUGGGGCAGAAAUACUUGCAAGAUGCCUUAGGGGAGUUUAUCAAGGCACUGUACGAGUCAGAUGAAAAUUGUGAAGUGGAUCCCAGUAAGUGCUCAUCUUCAGACCUUCCUGAGCAUCAGAGCAACCUGAAAAUGUGCUGUGAGCUGGCCUUCUGCAAGAUCAUCAACUCCUACUGUGUCUUCCCAAGGGAGCUCAAAGAAGUUUUUGCUUCAUGGAGACAAGAAUGCAGCAACCGAGGCCGCCCCGACAUCAGCGAGCGACUGAUCAGCGCCUCCCUGUUCCUGCGGUUCCUCUGCCCGGCCAUCAUGUCCCCGUCCCUCUUCAGCCUCCUGCAGGAGUACCCGGACGAUCGCACUGCACGCACUUUGACCCUCAUUGCCAAGGUCACCCAGAACCUCGCCAACUUUGCCAAGUUCGGCAGCAAAGAGGAGUACAUGUCCUUUAUGAAUCAGUUCCUGGAGCAUGAAUGGACUAAUAUGCAGAGGUUUCUACUGGAGAUUUCCAACCCUGAAACCAUCUCCAACACAGCUGGCUUUGAAGGCUACAUUGACCUGGGCCGGGAACUGUCCACUUUGCACUCACUACUCUGGGAAGUCAUUUCUCAGCUGGAGCAGAGCACUGCAACAAAACUUGGGCCUCUGCCUCGGAUCCUGAGGGAUGUCAACGCGGCGCUCAGUAACCCAGCCUGUGUGCAAGUCUCGGUCACGGCCGAUCACGCCACAUCCAUGCCCAAUGCUGGCAGCAGCAUCUCCGCAGGGCUGCAGAAAAUGGUGAUAGAGAAUGACUUGUCUGGUCUGAUAGAUUUCACACGGUUACCAUCUCCAACCCCUGAAAACAAGGACUUGUUUUUUGUCACAAGGUCUGCUGGGGCCCAGCCCUCGCCUGCCCGAAGCUCCAGUUACUCAGAGGCCAAUGAGCCCGACGUUCAGAUGUCUAAUGGCAGCAAGAGUUUGUCCAUGGUGGACUUGCAGGACAAUCGGCUCUUGGACAGUGGGGCCAACGCGCCGGGCGCGGCUGACUCCCUCAAUGACAGUCAGUCGUCCCUCGGGCAGUUGCAGGGCGUAUGGACCACACGGACUCAGCAGAACAGCGUGACGGCCAUGGCCACCGUGCGCCGGGUGGGCCAGACCCCCACCACGCCGAGCGGCGAGAGCGUGCCCGGCCGGCCCCAGCUGCUGGCGCCGCUCUCCUUCCAGAACCCUGUCUACCAGAUGGCCGCCGGGCUGCCGCUGUCCCCCCGCGGCCUGGGCGACUCCGGCUCCGAGUGCCACAGCUCGCUCAGCUCGCACAGCAACAGCGAGGAGCUGACGGCCAGCAAGCUGGGCUUCGCCGCCCCCACGGCCAGCGAGGACUUCACCCGCCGGACGGGGGACCUGUCCCGCCGGCAGCUGUCGCUGACGGAGAAGGGCGGGCAGCCCACCAUGCCGCGGCAGAACAGCGCCGGACCGCAGAGGCGGAUAGACCAGCCGCCCCCGCCGCCCCCGCCCGUCACCCGCGGCCGGACGCCACCCUCCUUGCUGAACACGGUUCAGUACCAGCGACCCUCCAGUGGCACCAUGAUGUCCUCCUCCCCAGACUGGCCCGGCAGCGGGGCCCGCCUCCGGCAGCAGUCCUCCUCUUCCAAGGGGGACAGCCCUGAGAUGAAGCAGCGCACGAUGCACAAACAGGCCCCUUCUCCUGUGAACCCCAAUGCCCUGGACCGCACUGCUGCUUGGCUUUUGAAUAUGAACAUGCAGUUUUUAGAAGAUGAAAGCAUUGACCCAGAUUCCAAGCACAGGGAUAAGCUCAGGAAUAAGGACGAGCUCAGCCAAGCAGAAAAGUACCAGCAGGACCUAGUGGUGCUGCAGGACAAGCUGCGCAUCUCCAACAAGAAGCUGGAGGAGUAUGAGACUCGCUUCAAGUGCCAGGAGGAGACAACGCAGAAGCUGAUGCUGGAGUACCAGGCCAGGCUGGAGGAGAGCGAGGAGCGGCUCCGGAGGCAGCAGGAGGAUAAGGAGAUCCAGAUGAAGGGCAUCAUCAGCAGAUUGAUGUCAGUUGAGGAGGAGUUAAAGAAGGACCAUGCAGAAAUGCAGGCUGCUGUGGAUUCCAAGCAGAAGAUUAUUGAUGCACAGGAGAAACGCAUUGCUUCUUUGGAUGCUGCCAACGCACGGUUAAUGAGUGCCCUUACUCAGCUGAAAGAGAGGUACAGCAUGCAGACACGUAAUGGGAUCUCCCCCACAAACCCAACUAAAUUGCAGAUUACAGAGAAUGGAGAAUUCAGAAACAGCAGUAAUUGUUAACGCAUGGAGGGCGCUGCCGCAGGAGAGGAGGCCUGGCCAGAGAGACCGUGCAGCAGCAGGUGUGAGCCGCGGCUUCAAAGAACGGCUGCUCUCUCCCCCCAAGAACCCAGCUCCUUUCUGCGGACGGCGCGCUUGACUGAGCCUUUGUGGGAGAUGCUAAUGCCAGCACGUUGAGGGGACGGAGAGAUGGAGUGUGAGAUGAGUGGCAUAAGGAAAUAACACACCUUUGAGAAUCGCUGUCACUGUUGGAUCUAAAUCAGUGUUUAAUGUUUAAACAAAAGUAACCUUUUCCUCCUAAACGGCCCAAAGGAUAUGCCUCGCUCCUCCCAGCAAGGAAUUGCAGUAAGCAAAGUAAAGGGAGCUGGGUAGAGCCUGCAGCAGGCAGUGGCCCAGUAAGUGCAGUUAAAGUGUGCUGCUGGGUGUAGUGGUAUGAGGGAUGGCAGUAGAGCCUGGCCCGCUCCUCAUGUGCCUCCCCCCGGAGCACACCCCUCUCCCAAAGCAAGCCCCAAGCCAAGCCCAGCGUCUUCCCUAAGGUGGCUUUUGUGAGGCCACUUUCGCAGCAGGUGACUGUCCACAGGGCAUUUAAGCAGCUAAUUAGCGUUUAAUUACCUCUGCCCAUGUAGGGAGUACAGUCCAGACAGGUCAGGGUGCACCCUGUGUGAUAACAGUAGCCAACGGGGUGCUGCAAGGGGAACCACAGAGAAAGGGUAAUGAAGAAGGGCAUGACUUGUACUGCUGGGGGUCCCUGAGCAGCUCGGGGAGCAGAGCAAGCCUAUGGCUCUGCACGCAGUUAAAGGGAGCAGCUGGCACCUGGUGAAUGACGACUUGACUCCUUUCUACAGCUGCAGCUCCCUCAGAAGUAAUGGGGAAGUCUUUGUAAGCAAUAGCCCCAGGGCACUGACCCACAGGCACACUCUGCCAGCCACAGAAUAAAGUAAAUGUUGCCUGAGCUUGGUUCCUGAGCUGUGAAUGAGGGACAGGGCCUGGAUUUCCUGGUGCCCAUUGUGGUAAGGGGGAGUGAGGGGCUGCGUGAAGUGGCCAGUUUGAGGAAGGGUUCGUUGUGGGGAUGUAAUGCUCUGUGCAGAGAUAUUUUUGCUAUUUCUGGGGAGAAAAACAAGGAAAACAUCCUGAAGAACCAUGAAGAUCGGUAAUUGUAUUUCUUUUCUUUCACAGUAUGCAUUAGAAAAAAAAAGAUCCCAUUUUCUGGAAUACUGUCCUCUUUAAAUUGGGAAUGAGCACUGCAUGGAAAUUAACCGGCUUGAAGAAUGUAAAACAUGGUCAUAAGGGAGUAACCACCAAGAACAGCAGCCACCACCGAAAGCCCCCUUGUCAGGAGCACUGUGCAGGCCUAAGCCAGGAUUAGACUUUCCUAACUGCUGACCCGCAGAUUCGGCACACUCAGACACGUUGUGCUCAGUGGAGGGGUCACCUCCUUAACGGGGGAUUGUGCCGCUGACCUGCCGCCACGGUGUGUUUGUUGCUUUGGGGUUUGGGGUUUUUAAAGUUAGUUCUUCUUGACUCCCACUCUCAGAGCAGGUCGCUCGUACCACGAGCCAGAGAGAAUUCUCUGAGAUACGGAUGACAGUGUACAGUGUACAGGACAUCUGCCUAUUCUUCCCACUAAAGUUAAUACACUGCUCAACGCCUGUCCUAGCUCCUCCUGCCAUGUGUAAAUGUACAGUCAAAGGGACUAGGAUGUUCACUGAGCUCUGCACAGCUUAGGUACCGUCUCCAGCCUCACACUACCCAGGCUGCCUGAGCAGGACACUCUUUGCCAGUAAGCUCUGCAUUGCCAUGCUGCCCCACAGCCGUAAGGCUCAUUAACAGCAUUCUUCCACAUGCAAUUGCUUUCAAAAUUAAAGAUGCCUUUUUGUUUUUUUCCUCCUAAACGUUUUUUUGUUCCCUGGAAGCCCUGGGCCAAGCCCGGUGCAGCUUGGUCCGAGGAGGAGUGGAUGUGUUGCACUGAGGUCUCCACACCCCGCCAACGCCUGCAGAGUGGUGCAGUUACACAGCAGACCCCAAACGGAGCUCCUCAGAGAACAGUAAUCACUAAGUAUUUGUGGCAAGUACAGUCACCUUUGAGUUUUGGAGCCUAGCACAGAUGGCUUUGAAGAACCUCACAAAACUGACAAGGUUACAACUGGAGAAAGACCCAGACAGGUUAGGAGUACACAGGGUACUGUGUGAACCGUUGGGUGUGUGCACUUACAUCUGCUAUUGUCUCAGAGUCAAAAACACGAUAAGAACCCUGCAAAAAGACUAUUUUAAACCACUGUUGCCCUGAGAUGUUCUGUGUUUAGAGCUGAUGGGUUUUGAGUUCCAAAAUAUUUGUGUUGUGAGAGACUGAAGUUUUUCAAGGGAGAAGUAACAUAGAGGAAUGGAAACAGAGCGCGGGGGCGGGCAUCCCACCAGCAGCAUGUUUCCAUUCAUACACCGAAGUUAUUUUGGGAUGCAGUCAGUGCUCUCUGUAAGAGCUGAAAAAACGAGAACACCCACAAAACAGUUGUUUAGUGCUGAAGUUAAGCACAGUACCUCUUAAAUCUUUUCAACCACAAGCCAAGGCACUGCUCCCCCUCGCCCCAGUCUCUCAGAAGCUCCUGGUUAACCUCAGACUUGCAAAUUGCUGAACACAUUUUGUUCUGCUGAAAUAGCAGGAGCACUUAAAUCCUUUCACAGCGAGCUAUUCAAACCUUUACAGCUCCACUGCCAACACCUUCUGGAGCUGUUGCUUAGGUUCCUGAGCCAGUAUGAAAAGAAAUUCAAAUCAGGAUGAAGUCUCAUAGUAGAGAGUCCUUCCCCGGCCCCUCCUUUUUUCCUUCCCCUGCAAACUGCAACAACUGGACCUAAAAGUGACUGUCCUCUACAAAAGUUUGGGGGUAGGCUUUAAGAUCCAGGCUUAAUUCAGUUCUGUUACUUCAGUUUGUGUUUCUGUUAUUUAUAAACUGUACAUUGGUGUGUGUGCGUGUGUGUGUGUUGUGUGUGAGGGAGCCAGCAAGAGCCCCAUGUGUCCAAGUUACUCCACAUGGCCUCGGAGCCGAUCCUGGCAUAGCAAUACCAGAGGCAGUCUCAUGAGGUGCGUGCAGCACCAGAGCAAAGCAACCACUACCCCUAACCUUUUGUGAUGGGCUCCACCUUCUUUUUUGUUCUUGCACUUCCUACAGUAAGAGCCUGUUCUAGUGCAAACUCGUCAAGAUAUAAACAAAGCAAAAACACACUCAAGCUUUUUACUCUUAAUACAAGUCUUAGGAUAUUUUUUUUGGUAAAUGUUUUCAGUGUUUACUGUAACGUAUCUAUCUCACUAACAGUUGUAUAUAGUAACUUCUGGUGCUGCUUAUUCGGUCAGGAUUUGGCUGUAUCUCAUGCUGUUUUGGAGAGGUGGACUCAAGUGAGCAAAUCUGGAUCCAGACAGAUUACAAUUUCAGCUUCCUCCCUUUGAGGAUUCGGAGGGAAGGGGAAAGGGAGAAAAGCCAGGGAGCCAGAUUUGGGGUUGGUCCACCUCAAAGAUUCUGUUUUAAGAGUUUUGAUUUUGGGGGUAUGUUAAACUGUAGUGAUCACUUCUGAGAGCAAAGUUUUGUGUAAAGUGGGAUGAAAUUAAUUGUGCAGUAUCCCAAGGUCUCUGCAGCUAUCAUCAUAGUGGACAGGGACUAUGGCUUCAGUGCCAAAAGACUAGAGGGACUUAAGUCCUUCCCCCUGCCAACUAAUACUACAGUGUAGUCACCAGCCCCUUUUGCACCAGUUCAAGCAAAUCCUGCCGCCAUCCAAAGAGUCCUGUGUCACUCUGCAUUGUCGUUUGAGUCUGGUUGGUUUUGUUUCCUGCUUUUGCAGUUGUAAAGCACUGAUUGCACUGUGAGAACACGCUGAAUCCUCUGGCCUGACAGCCAGCCCUAGAGGUUGCUGCAAGGUGCAGGACAGGUUCUGCUUCUACAAAUAUUCCUAAAAAGAGAAAGGACUUGGUGGACCUGAGCGAGGCGUCACAGGCUCUCCUAGGAAAGCAAUCAGCAUGUAACUGAUCAUGUGCAAAGUUCAGAGCACUCACAGGCUUUGCCCUCAUACUAAAGUCCAUUGCCAGAUGCAGAAAACAUACUGAGGUCCAUUCUUUGGUGAACAAUCAGAAGACUUUCAGUGACAGGAGAUGGAGAAAACUGAUGCAUUCAUCCAGCCACAAGGUAUAGCUCAGAGAUUUGAUCUGCAAGGGACACAUUUUCCCCAUUGACCCCAGAGCAAGAGUAGCUGCCUCAGGGAGAUGCUGUUGUGACAGUGGUGACAGCAGUGCCUCUGACCAGCAAUGUGCAGCAGCUCCACCAAGGUCACUGCCCUGUCCCUAACGUGUAGCUUUGCCUGGAGGGCACAGAGCAGAAAGACCAAAGGCAACAACUCUUACACUGUCCCUGGACUGGGCUCCCCUGCAGCACUCUGUCAUUCUCACCUGCAACAGCUCUUGGGUCAGCAUCCUCAAAGGUUUGUGUUUAGAGCAGUCCAGGCCUGCAGUUUGGCUGGUGCGGAACGUGAUGUGGAUGAGAGUGCACAGCCUCAUGGCCACCAGGACAUGCCUUCAUAGGGCACUGCCCGUCUCCAAGUAGGUCUCUGUCUCUUUAGGGCAAUUUCAGAGGAGGCUGCUGAGCCAUGAGAUGUGCAUGUGUGACACCUGCUCUGAGAGCCACCAAGCCCUUCUCGAACCCUGCACAGAAAACUCUUGCCUUUUUCUUUUCCCUUGAGGGAAAUUGCACGGAGAGGGAGGACAACAGCCGCAUGCUGACAUGCAGCUGAUGGGCUUUACAAACCAAAUCUAACCUGGAGGGUGUUGCACAACAUUCAGAAACAACCACACGUUGGGAAAGUGUCAUGUCCAAGCAUUGACUUUCACAGAUCACCCAAGCUGUGACAUUGCUGUAAAUGCCAUGUGGUUCUGCAUCAGCUCCCAGUACCCCAGAGUGCAGUCUCCAUGUCCACAUAUUCCUUUAUCAUACAUCACUGUGUCUUAAGAUAUACCUCUCUCUGUAUAUCUGCUUAGCCUGAUACUUGUUCCUGAUAAGCAGUCGCUAUGUUUUAUAUCCUCUUAUAAAGAAAAAAGAAAAAAAAGAAAAAAAAUCUUUUUUGUAAGUAUGUUUAAAAACAACAACAACAAAAAAGCAAAGUGGAAGUGUUUGCUGAAUCUCCUUCAGCUCCUUUUAAACUAUGUAAUAAUGUACAGAGAAAGUUGUUGGUGUUCAAAGAAAUGAUGUGGCUGUGCAAUUUAUGUACAUUUGCAAUUAGAAAUAUUAAAGAUUUAUUUAGAUAUUUUACACAA